AUGGACGACUCCGACGACGAAGUGGUCGAUGAAGUGGACGUCUAUAUCAACAAAUCGCUCGGCGAUAGUCUUCACGUCUUCCAGUACUGGUCCCAAACAUCACCCAUAGCUGAUCGCAACGCCGCCGACUUUGCCGUCAAAGCCAGACCUAAUCACCGCGUCUUUGAGAUCGACACCAAAUUGGACCCAAAGUGCGGUAACUUUGACGACAAAAAGUCGGAGCUCUUUGGCCGCUAUUUAGCCGCCAUUGAAGCGAAAGCCUCGACGCCGGACACGAAGAAGUCGACGGCCGCCGCCGCCAUCAGAGAUCUCGCGCCCCAACGACUGGACAAACAGACGCUGCGAUCGCUGGAAGUGCGGCCGACUCUUCAGCAGUACUGUGUGGCUGUCAUACGCGCCGACUGUCCGGAAGUGCACUUAAAUCCCAUCCAAUCCGUGGUUCAGUUCAAACCGAAACUCAAUUAUUUGGACGAAAAGCACGCGUCGGAUGUCGUGGUUGGCGGCGGCGGCGCCGGCAGUAAAUCAGCAAAAGGUGGCGCACAUACCGGCGCUGGCGAUGAAUCCGAGGCGGAGAUGUCGGCGCCCGACGAGCCGGAGGCCAACAUUCAGACAAUAACGAUGCGAUUCGCGGGCCCUGACGAGGACCGCAAGCGUAAGGCCCGGGAGAGCUCCUACGCCUACCACCAGCAGACGCUGGCCAGGGAUCCCUGGGUCGACAUCCGGUGCCACGGCGUCCGGAGUCAACUCGCGGCCGACAAUCGCAUGAAUUUGGUGUAUAAUUCGGUGGACAGCCAUCACAGCGGCGCCUCCGACGCCGACAGCCAAUCGCUAUCUAGUCUUCAAGAGUUCUUAACGCGACUCAAGUGUUCCGGCGACGAGCCCUCCAGUUCCCAGUCCUUCAGUUCCCAGUCCUCUGUCGCCACCACCAGCAGCACCGCCACCACCGACACGUCAUCCCUGUCCCGGAUCAGUGCCCUUCCAUUCGCGGAUCAGGUGCGGCACCUCCUCGUGAACGCCAAACUCCUGUCCUUCGACGAGAUAAUGGCGUUACUGAAGGGCGAGUUCGACGCCCUCUCAGUGCUCAAGAGUGUCCAGAUAUACGGGCUGUUAGUGCGCGGCCAUUGGGUCAUCAAGAGUGAGGUGCUCUACAACAAGGAUCAGUGCCAGAAGUCGGCCCACACAGGCAUUCCCAUUGACCUCCUGUGCCGGACCCGCGAUUACAUCAUAUGGCGGUUCACGCAGACCAGGGAACUGGCGAAACGGGAUCUAUUCAGCGCCGGCUGGGCUCGCAUUCCCGACUCCGAUGUCGUCCAUAUCCUCAAACAGAUCGCACGAUUCGAUCCGAAGACCAAACUCUGGAGCUUUGCGUUGGCCGACGACCACACCCUCGACGACAAGUACCCGGAAGUGGUUCAGCGGCAGCGGCUGUUGUGGUCAAACCGGUACGUGAGUCUGGAACGCGCCUACGCCUCGAACAACAACGCCACCAUUAAGUCGGAGCCCGAGGCGCCGGUAGCCGCCGCGAAAACACCGGCGCCCCGAAAGCGCCGCAAUUCACGCAAAGGGUCGACCGCUUCGAUCGCGAGCGCCGACGACCGCGAAGUGAUGGAAGUACUGGCCGUCGACCCCAACGGCGAACUGAUGUGCAGUCCGACGAAAGCGAAAAAAGAGCGCAAAUCUCCCGUUAAGACCAUUACUCGCGGCAAAAGUCCGGCCAACGCAGGUCCGACAGCCGGGUCGGCAGCUCUGGCCGCCCCUCCAGCGCUCGUCAAAGAGCGGAAGCGCUCGAAGUCACCGAAAGUGGCGGUCUUCGAGAUCAACCCGACCGCCAGUCCCUACCCGUCGGCCGACGAGUGCAAGGAUUUAGUGAAGUGUAUCCACGAGAGGCUGAGGUCCGGGUUCUGCGUGACGACCGGCGAUCUGCGGCGACACGCGAGCGACUCGACCGGCAAUAAGCUGUGGCUGAGUGUGGCCGAGGAGGUGGUGGAGCGGGCGGUGAGGGACGCGAGUGGCGUACGGGUGCACAACAAGUGGCCCCAGAAUUCCCCUCAACAGCCGCUCUACGCGUUGACCCGUUUUGGCGACCCUUUGGACGACUUUCGCGAGGCGUUGGUCGAGAUGUUCGCCGACCAGACGCGGGUUAGGGUCACGGCGUUCAUCGAGAAGGUCAGGGAUCGGCAGCUCAUGAUCACCGGUGUCGGCGCCGACAAGACCUACGAGAGCACGUGCACUAAACUACUCAAAGACUACUGUGUCCACAAGUCCAGCCUCUAUUACCUGAAGGGCACCGUUAGUCCCAAUUGA